AUGGUCAAAAUCAUCGAAGCGACCAUCACCAAUAACGCGACUUGGCCUCUUUUUCGACAGCUUCGAUUGGUGCAAAACAUGCGCACCACCGAUGGUAGUCAAGAUUUCGCUGAUUGGCUCAUUCAACUGGGAAAUGGAUCUUUGGCACAAACACCGCGGCUCAAUGACCCAGAUCUCAUCGAAAUCCCGCAAGACCUUCUCAACAUUCGAACUAACUUAAUCGAACACGUCUUUGGCGAUCCAUCGGAUCUCUUAAACGAAGGCGUCAGAGAACAAGUUUGUAACCGGGCUAUUCUAUGUCCCAAGAAUGAAGACUGUCUUAGGAUCAACAACAAGAUUAUUGGCGAGAUGCCUGGCGCGUUCAAAGUCUGCAAAAGUAUCGACACUAUCGAUUCAGAGGACCCAGAGGAAAUUUCCAACUACCCUCCGGAAAUUUUAAAUACCUUCAACGUCUCCGGGCUACCUCCGCACCAACUCGAACUUAAAAUAGGAGCAAUCGUCAUUCUUCUCAAGAACAUUGACUCGCGACAGGGACUUUGCAACGGCACGAGGCUCAUCAUCAAGGCGCUCAGCGGUAACCUGAUAAUGGCAGAGAUCGCGGCCGGGAAACACAAAGGACACAACGUCUUCCUUCCGCGGAUGUCCAUGUCUCCCACCGACUCUGACUUGCCCUUCAAACUCAAAAGAUUGCAGUUUCCUGUGCUUGUGGCUUUCGCUAUGACCAUCAACAAGUCACAGGGACAGACUUUUGAGCGAGUAGGCAUCUACCUUCCGGAAUCCGUUUUCAGCCACGGCCAACUAUACGUCACAUUCUCACGUGCAACAUCAAGAGAAGGUGUCAAGGUUCAGUGCGAAGAAACAGAGAACAGGGAAGUUCUCCUACAAGAAUAG